AUGUUUGCCGUCAAGGGGUGGUCGGUCUCGGCCGACAAGCUCAAGCCCGAGGCCGCUGCUCCCGCGCCGUCUGACAACGCUGCCGGCGCUGCUGCGCCUUCCAAGUCUAGGAAAAGGAAGCGGCCCGGCCAAGGCGUCAAUGUCACGGCUGACAAUGUCGCCGACUUGUGGGAGAGCGUCAUAGAGCACAAGGGAGAGAAGAAGAAGAAGAAGCCCGCGCCGCAAAAGGCUGCCGCCGCACAGGACCACAAAGCGCCCGAGCCGGAGAGCAGGCGGCCCGAGAAGAAGCAGAAAAAGUCCAAGUCACCAAAGGACGGUCAACACAAGACUGAGCACCCCGGCGGCUCAGAUGCCAAGUCUCCUGCUGCAGACAGCGCCCCUUCCAGUAAGGAGAAGAGCAAGAAGAAGGCCAAGAAGGGCAAUGCGCAGGCCGCCGACGAGUCUCACUCCCAACCGAAAGCGCCCCAAGGCUCAGAUCAGAAAUCUCACGAUACAUCAAAGGCCAUAUCAAAAGCGACUCCGUCUGCUGCGCCUCCGGCGCCCAAGCUCACCCCGCUACAGGCUUCGAUGAGGGAGAAGCUCAUCUCGGCCCGCUUCCGCCACCUCAACGAGACGCUCUACACGCGGCCCUCGGCGGAGGCGUACCGGCUGUUCCAGGACGCCCCGGAGAUGUUCCAGGAGUACCACGAGGGCUUCCGGCGGCAGGUCGACGUCUGGCCCGAGAACCCCGUCGACAGCUACAUCCGCGAGAUCCUCGCGCGCGGCAGGCAAAAGUUCCCCCCUCGCGGCGGCAGGGGCGCCCCCUCGGGCCCGGGCGCCGUGGUCUCGCUGCCGCGCACCAACGGCACCUGCACCGUCGCGGACCUGGGCUGCGGCGACGCCCGCCUCGGCUCGACGCUCGACAAGGCCAGGCGCAAGCUCCACCUCGAGAUCCUGAGCUUCGACCUGCAGAGCCCGGCCGAGCACGUCACGCGGGCCGACAUCGCCAACCUGCCCCUGGCCGACGGCGCCGUCGACGUCGCCAUCUUCUGCCUCGCCCUCAUGGGCACCAACUGGCUCGACUUCGUCGAGGAGGCCUACCGCAUCCUGCGCUGGAAGGGCGAGCUCUGGGUCGCCGAGAUCAAGAGCCGCUUCGGCCACGUCGGCAGGCAAGGCGGCAAGGGCAAGGUGGUCGACCACAGCGUCGGCAACAGGAAGAAGGCUGGCGCCGGCAAGAAGGGCGGCAAGAAGGACCCCAACGAGCCUACAGAGGCCGACGAGGCCGACCUCGCUGUCGAGGUGGACGGGGCCGACGACCGCCGCCAGGCGACUGACGUCUCGGCCUUCGUGGAGGCUCUUCGGAAGAGAGGCUUCCUCCUGGCCGGCGAGGCCAAUGAAGCCAUCGACAUGAGCAACAAGAUGUUCGUCAAGAUGCGGUUUGUCAAGGCCGCCCCUCCCAUCAAGGGUAAGGGCGUGGCAAAACUCAAGGACGCCGGAGAGCGCGGCCCCAAGAUCAAGAAAAAGUUUAUUGAAGCGGCGGACAAGGAGGACACGGUGGACGAGACGAGCAUUCUCAAGCCGUGUGUGUACAAGAUUCGAUAA